AUGCAGAAUGGCAACCUUGAACUUGUCGUCGUCUGGAAUGCAGAGUCUCUUAGAUUUAUUGUCGCUGCUCAAGUAGAUGAGUCCGUUGAUUUUCACAAAUCUUUUGUCCUGUCGAUCGCCUCGGAAGACGUCUCUGAUAAAGCUGUCCUUCUCGUAGGCUUCUUUAAUCGUCUUGUCUUUUAUGUGCGCAGUGAUGAUCGUGUCCGAGUAUUCAAAGCUGAUCACGUUGUUCUGCAUGACGGGAAACCUUUUGAUCACGAAUUGGAGUAG